GACGGCUUCAGGUCAGCCAUGCUGGUUCCCUUUUCAUCGGCACUCACUUUAUUCCUCCUGCUAAUAUUAGCCGCCAGUUCAGAAGAUUUCGAAGAGAAGUCGCGUUAUCCCCGCUACCGCAUCAGAAAGUUCCUGAACACUUCUGAGCCCAUAUGGACUUACAAUUCAACGCUUCCAGAAGCACUCCUAUGUACGGUGGACGUCAAGUUGACUAUAAACAGGCUGUCAACUCGGUUCAACAGGUCGUACUAUAUAGAUGGUCGAGUGGUAUCAGAGGUCCUACAAGGAUGGUUUCGUCGAUGGGAUAAGGUGAUCGUUGGGAAAGUAGGUAAAAGAUCAGUCGUUGAAGAGGAUCUGGUCUACACUGGCGGGAACAGGACCUGUGGUGUCUUCAAAUCAAGGCUUCGACUGCCUGGUGAACAUUCUUGGUAUGAUUUGCGAGUAAGAAUUUUUCUAUACUUACCGGCCCAUCGGAAGAUUGUGUUGGCAACUUCAAUGCUGUCAUUGCUAAAGCAACAAAAAAGGUCCCGCGAACAAAAACCAGGACUCCUUCAGUUGCAUCUAAACCAAUUUACUAUCCUUGGUGUCAACAAUACUUCAGUCCCCAUCAUCUCCCUCUGCCGAACUUCAAGGUUCCAACCAUGGCUGAACUUCUCAGGUGCUACGACUAUGACAGACGUGCCUGAGGACGACGAGCCUAGUCCGCCUAUUGCAGAGAGGCCGCACAUGCCUCGCCUGUCAUAG